CGAGUGACUCUAUUCUCUCUAUCAGAUUCUAGUGAGAUCAGCCCCGAUUUCUCCUCGGAUAAAGUUCGAAGCACGAUCACGAAUGAUAUUUCGAUUUUGACUCAAUUAAUUCGAUUCAUUCCAUAGGGGGUGAUAUAGGCCAAUUAAUCGUAAUUAGUCUGUGAAUCUAUAUUCCAACAUUUAUUUUACAUUUAUGGAAUAGUGAUGUCGACAGAUAUUAUUGAAUUGAAAAAAGACACGGAAGGCAAAAACAAAGAUAAAAUCUAUUGUACAUUUUGUCCUUCAAAAAUGCUCAAUGCUGGAGCUGCCAGAUUGAUAAACAUGGAUUUUGCAUUACCUUAUAUCCAUAGCAAAGCAGAGGACAAAGCUAAUCAAUCAGAAACAAUUUCUGCUUACUGGUUAAUAGAAGAUAUGUAUACUUUCGAAAAUAUUGGUGUGUCACACACAGUAGGCAAUAUCAAGUACCUAGCUUGUGCCGAUUGUGAGAGAGGUCCAGUGGGAUGGCAUGAUUUGUCCACUAAAAAGUCAUACAUUGCAUCGUGUAGAGUAAAAUAUGAAUGAACAGAAGAUAGAAUAAGAGCUUAUUAAUAAA